GCUCCGACACCUCUUCCACUGCCAUCUCACAACUUGAGCUUGAGUCACGUCUCGAUUGGGCGUGGCACUCAGAACUACACUUGCGAUCUGUCCAACAGCAACGCAAUACCUGUGGCUGUAGGCGCAACGGCAUCUCUCUACAACGUGUCCUGCAUCGCUGCCAACCAUCCGGCCCUGCUCUCCAUGAUUCCUGGUAUUGCUAUCAACCUUCCUCUGCCUUCUUCAUCUUCUGCAAUGUCACCAAUCAACAUGGACCUAGCUGGUCACCAUUACUUCCUGGAUGCGACCACACCAUUCUUCAACCUAGACACGGAGAUACAUUCGUAUGGACUGGGCGCUUUCAAGAAAGCCAACGGGUCUGCUGCACCAGAGGGUUCGGUGAUUGGUGUAGACGGAGCUGGUAUGGGAGCCGUGCCAUGGCUUAAGUUGACGGAAAAGAUUGGAGUCGAGGGCAGCCAAAAGCUCAAAGAGGUCUUCAGGGUCAACACUGCCGGAGGUCAACCACCUGCAACAUGUCGAGGGCAGCAAGAGAGUAUUCUUGUCCAGUAUGCCGCUGAGUAUUGGGUUUAUGUUUGA